AUGUCUCAGGAGGCGGCGGUGGGGCCCCCGGGCGAGUCCGGGAAGGCCGCGGAAGAAAGCGACAGCUUGCUGGACUGCGUGAAUCGGAUAACUUCUUUGUGUCCGAACUGCGAAGAAAAUGGGGAAACGCUCAUUUUAUUGCACCGAGUUCCUCAUUUCAAGGACUUGUUGAUAUCCUCGUUCAGCUGUCCGCACUGCAACUACGCGAACCGAGAGGUGCAAACCGCCGGCAGUUUGGCCCCCAAAGGCGUUCAUAUUGAGUGCAAAGUGACUUCUCCGUUGGAUUUGAACCGCCAAGUGGUGCGGAGCGAACACUGUCGAGUGGAAAUCCCGGAAGUUGAACUCGAAGUGCCGGCCUCGCGGGCGCGCGCGGAGCUGAACACAGUCGAGGGUCUCGUGGAUUCUUUCGCGGAAAACCUCAAGUUCGCCGCUCUUUACCAACUCCAGCUCGAAGAAAAGGAAAAGGCGCAGCAGCUCUCCCGCCUCGCCCGCAGACUCAAAGCCAUGGCUGCGGGGCAGCAGCCCUUCCGCCUGGUGCUGGAGGACCCCAGCGGCAACAGCUACGUGGAGAGCCUGUCUCUGGCUGCGGACAAGCAGCAGGAGGCUGCGCACAAGCUCGAAGACGCUGCUGCUGCUGCUGCUGCUGCUGCUGCUGCGGGCAGCAGCAGCGGGCCGCGGGAAGAGGCUGGCGCCGCCCCGCAAGGCCCGCAGCCGCUGCAGCGCGCCGACAGCCGCCUCCUUGUGAGGCACUUCGAAAGGACGAAGGAGCAGCUGCAUGCAAUGGGGUACUUCGAGGCCCAAGAAGCCCCAGACGAAGGGGCCCCCGAGGCAGAGGAAGCUGCAGCAGCAGCAGCAACAGCAGCAGCAGCAACAGCAGCAGAAGACGAAGCAGCUCUCAAAGAAGAGGCCCUUUUGCUGCCAGUGGAAUGCCCGCACUGCGGCUGCAGCACGACCAACAAAGUCUGCCAAGUCAACAUUCCAGGUUUCCGCGAGUGUCUCAUCUUCGCCUUUUGCUGCCCCAACUGCGGGGCGAAGAACUCCGAAAUAAAAGCAGCAGGCGCCUACGGCUUGGCUGCGCGAAGGUGGAUUCUGACGACAGUGGAAGUGUACAAAAGAACUCGGGAGCAAGACGACUCGCUGGGGCUGUUGGACAUGAAGACUUAA